AUGUAUAUGGAAUAUUUUCUGUCUGGUCUCAUAAUUCUCUUGACUUUCUUAGCAGUAACCACCGCCAUAUGUCGGAAGAACAAGAGAACGGCAUCGCUUCCGGCGCCGGUGCCGGCGCCGCCGCAGCCGACUGGUGCCUGGCCUCUGAUAGGUCACCUACAUCUUCUCAUGAAAAACAUGUAUGUCCAUGAAAUACUAAGUGACAUGUCCGAUAAAUACGGACCAACCUUCCUUCUCCGUUUGGGAUUUCACGAAACCCUAGUAAUUAACAAUUGGGAAAUCGCAAAAGAAUGUUUCACAACCAACGACUUAACCUUCUCGACCCGUCCCAAGAAUCUAGCCAUGAAGAUCAUGGCCUACAAUCAGUCCGUAAUUGGAGCCGCACCUUAUGGACCAUAUUGGCGUUCUCUUCGCAAGUUCAUCACACUUCAUCUCCUUUCCAACCACAGGUUACAAAUAUUGAAACAUGUUCGUUUCUCCGAGAUUGAUUUGUUCAUCAAAACCUUGUAUCAAUUGUAUUGCCAUCAAAACAGAUCAGGGGAUUAUAAAUCCCCUGUUUUAGUUGAUCUCAAGGAGAAGUUUACAGACAUGACUACCAAUAUAAUAACCAGAAUCAUUGCCGGAAAACGUUAUUACACCGGGGACAUCACCGAGGAGUCCAAACGGUUCCAAAGGGCAUUGGGGGAAUUCUCGCAUCUAUCUGGCUUAUUCACAAUAUCAGAUGCUAUUCCAUUCCUCGGCUGGCUGGAUAUACUAAAUGGAAAUUUGGCUAAAAUGAAGAAAGUUGCAAAAGAAAUUGAUCUUGUGUUCUCUAAAUGGAUAAAUGAACACAAAGAGAGGAAGAGGUCACUUGUUGGAGACCUCAUCAAAGAUGAAGAAAAUGAUUUCAUUCAUGUUAUGCUUGAUGAUUUUGAUGAUGAUACAAUUAUUAAAUCCACUUGUAUGGGAUUGGUUCUCGGAGGAAAUGAUACGACGUCGACCACUUUGAUAUGGGCAUUGUGUUUCGUUAUGAACAACCGCGAGGUGUUACAGAAAGCACAAGAGGAACUUGACACUCAUGUUGGGAAGCAUCGUCUAGUAGAAGAAUCAGAUGUAAAUAACCUUGUCUAUUUGCAAGCUAUAUUUAAGGAAACAUUGAGAUUGCAACCAACAUUUCCUUUGUUAGUACCACGUGAGGCGAUGGAAGACUGUAAAGUAGCAGGUUUUGGCAUCCGGGCUGGAACGCGUCUGCUUGUUAAUGCGUGGAAGAUGCAUCGUGAUCCAAGUGUUUGGUCAGAACCGUUAGCAUUCAAGCCGGAGAGGUUUUUAAUGCAAAACAAGAAGGUGGAUGUAACUGGUAAGAGUUUUGAGCUUUUACCAUUUGGUUGUGGGAGGAGGAUGUGCCCUGGGAUCACAUUCUCGCAACAGAUAAUGCACUUGGGUUUGGCCAGGCUUCUUCAAGUGUUUGAAUUGGAUACAGUUGGGGGAUUGGGUGUUGAUAUGACUGAAACUUCAGGGCUAACUAUCCAAAAAACUAAGCCACUAGAGGUCUUGCUUACUCCUCGUCUAUCUGAGGAGCUCAUAAUGAAUGGUAUGGUUUGAAUCUAGCAUUGGAAUGUUACGAAUACUCGAAUUCAUAACUUUUAGAACAUGUGUUCUUAUGCUUACCACUAAACUAUGUGAAGUGUACUCGCUACAUAAAAAUAUUAUAAAACUU